UCUAUCCUCUUGUGCUAGCAUGCUAGCUGACGUUAGCGUAGCAGCAAAUCAAACAAGCUAUGAAGCUCUAAAGACUUUACUAAUCACUGAAAUUUAAAGAGUCUGAGAAGAAGCCAAGACUGAAAGUUAGUCCCGUGUGCCUGGUCUUGUUCGGACCUUAGUUUAUAUGCAGUAGUCGGUGUUGUAGUUAGUAAGGUUAGCUAUGUUUACAGAGCUCAACAGUAUCCUGAACAUCACUCCCGACAACUUCAAACAGGGAGAGUUUGUCUUGAUCUCUGACAGACACACCGAUGGCUCCUUCCUUAUUCACCACUUCCUCUCGUUUUACCUCCGAGCCCGCUGCAAGGUGUGUUUUCUGGGUCUGGUUCAGUCCUUCAGCCACUACUGUGCAGUCAGCCAGAGACUGGGUGUGAGUCUCGUCCAGGCAAAGGAAAAAGGCCAGCUGAUAUUUCUAGAGGGACUAAAGGAAUCGUUGUCUGUUUUGAUUCCAAAGGAACCAAACACAGGAAGUCAAGCCCUGGACUUCCUGAGGGAUCCCUCUGCUGGUCUGCGGAGUCUGUACGAGUUUGUCCGGGCCAGUGUGAGCCACACGGGGGGUGUGGAGGGUGUGGAGGGCGUGGAGGGAGGGGUGGAGGAGUGGGGACCCCCGGUGCUGCUGGUGGACGACCUCAGUGUGCUGCUGAGCCUUGGCGUGAGCGUUGGAGCCGCGCUGGACUUCAGCCACUACUGCCGAGCCACCGUCUGCUCCCAGCUGCAGGGCAGCAUGGUGAUGCUGGUGCGCUGUGAGGCGGAGGAAGAAGAGGAUGACGGCGAUGAGGAAGGCCCAGAGAGGCUGCUGAAGGGCCUGACGCACCAGUGCAGCCUCACACUGCAGGUUCAGGGUCUGCCCACCGGCUACUGCAGGGACAUCCAUGGACAGGUGGAAGUGUGUUGGAGGAACAGGCACGGCAAUGGACAGCAGAUGCAGAAGAAACUCUUCCAGUACAAGGUCCAUGAUAAAAGCGCCUCCUUCUUCGCCCGUGGGACAUCCAGCGCUGUCCUCUAGCCAGCAGCUUCCUUGGUUGCCCUUUCUGCCCGCAGCUGAACCCUCGGGGCCGGACGCUGACUUGUUUCACCAGUGCCCGUAACGGAUUGUUCACUCCAGCUGCUUUCAGUGUUGUAUAAGACAGACAUGGUCGUGUAAUACUGUCGGACGUACAGGUGAUGGUUGGUUACCUGCCAGAGAGCAACACUCAACUCCAGUUGGUGGACACUGCGAUCCCGUCUGCUGAAAACGGGGCUACAGAAAAUGUCCUGUUACUGUCAGUAUUUGGUUGCCUGCAUUAUUAGUGUUUGCUUGUCAGCAGCUUGCUCUUAAUGCAAAUUGUCCCAUUUGUCACACUUGUGGAACACAACAGGAGCCGUUUUUCACAUAUUGAGAUGGAAAUAAACUGACUGAUAAUUAA